AUCGAGGAGGAGGUGGCGAAACUCCUAAAACUGAAGGCACAGCUGGGCCAUGAUGAAGGCAAACAGAAGUUUGUGCUCAAAACCCCCAAGGGCACAAGAGACUACAGUCCCCGGCAGAUGGCAGUUCGGGAAAAGGUGUUUGACGUCAUCAUCUGCUGCUUCAAACGCCAUGGGGCAGAAGUGAUUGACACUCCUGUGUUCGAGCUAAAGGAAACACUGACUGGAAAGUAUGGAGAAGACUCAAAGCUCAUCUAUGACCUGAAAGAUCAGGGUGGGGAGCUACUGUCCCUUCGUUAUGACCUCACUGUCCCUUUUGCACGGUAUCUGGCAAUGAAUAAGCUGACCAACAUUAAACGUUACCACAUAGCAAAGGUGUAUCGCCGGGAUAACCCUGCUAUGACCAGAGGCCGUUAGUGUGAAUUCUAUCAGUGUGAUUUUGACAUCGCUGGCCAGUUUGAUCCCAUGAUUCCUGAUGCAGAGUGCCUGAAGAUCAUGUGUGAGAUCCUGAGUUCACUUCAGAUAGGCAACUUCCUGGUCAAGGUAAAUGACAGGCGCAUCCUAGAUGGAAUGUUUGCUGUCUGUGGUGUUCCUGAUAGCAAGUUCCGUACCAUCUGCUCCUCAGUGGACAAACUAGAUAAGGUUUCCUGGGAGGAAGUAAAGAAUGAGAUGGUGGGAGAGAAGGGCCUUGCACCAGAAGUGGCUGAUCGCAUUGGGGACUAUGUCCAGCAGCACGGUGGGGUGUGUCUGGUAGAGCAGUUGCUCCAGGAUCCUAAACUCUCUCAAAACAAACAGGCUGUGGAGGGCUUGGGAGACCUAAAGCUGCUGUUUGAAUAUCUAACCCUGUUUGGCAUUGAUGACAAGAUCUCCUUUGACCUGAGCCUUGCUCGAGGGCUGGACUACUAUACUGGGGUCAUCUAUGAGGCAGUGCUGCUACAGAUGCCAACCGAGGCUGGGGAAGAGCCCCUGGGUGUGGGCAGUGUGGCUGCUGGAGGGCGCUAUGAUGGGCUGGUGGGCAUGUUUGACCCCAAAGGACGCAAAGUGCCAUGCGUUGGGCUCAGUAUUGGAGUAGAGCGGAUCUUCUCCAUUGUAGAGCAACGAUUAGAGGCUUUAGAGGAAAAAGUUCGGACCACUGAGACACAGGUGCUUGUGGCAUCUGCACAGAAGAAGCUGCUGGAGGAGAGACUAAAGCUUGUCUCUGAGUUGUGGGAUGCUGGGAUCAAGGCCGAGCUGCUCUACAAAAAGAACCCAAAGUUACUGAACCAGUUGCAGUACUGUGAGGAAACAGGCAUCCCACUGGUAGCCAUCAUUGGUGAGCAGGAGCUGAAGGAUGGUGUCAUCAAGCUCCGCUCAGUGGCUAGCAGAGAAGAGGUGGAUGUCCGAAGAGAAGACCUUGUGGAGGAGAUCAGAAGAAGAACAAAUCAGCCCCUCUACGUCUGCUGAACCAAGCAGACUAGCAGAGGAAGCAGGAUUGGCCUUAUUUGAACUAAAACAAAACUGCAUAUGUACUUAAAUAGUUUGCACAUUUCUGAUCCAGCAGAAGACUGAAGGGUGGUCAGAACAGAGGCUUUUUGUUUUUAUUUGUAUUUGUUAUUAUCGGUAAUCACUGGCAAAAAAAAAAAAAAAAAAAGAAAAGAAAAGAAAAGAAAAAAAGGCCAGGUGCUACAGUUUCCUAGUCGGGAAUAGGGAGGAGCAGUAUAGGUCAGUAUAGGUGGAUUAAUCAAGACUGACUCCUAAACUCCUGUAUGAACCUGAGAUGGCUUCUUGCAGAGCCACAUACCAGAUGAAUGGAUGCCUCCCUACAACCUGCCGCCAAAAAGUCCAAUAAAUGUCUCCCCCGCUAA